GAUUUUCAGAUAACUCUCUGAAGUAACAGAUGUAACUUAACUUGUAAUUGCAGAAAAAUACCAUAAACGGUACAUUAGUAGAAAAUUACUCGUAAUACAUGCAGGUCUCAGUGCGUAACUGCUGAUUGAAGCAGACGUUUUAAUAGUGUCAAAGGACUAUUUUUACCAUACUCCUAAGCUUGAUGAAACGAAUUUUCAUUCUUUUUUUGUUCCUUUUGACAUAUAUUUGGAGUUUUCGGACAAUAGAAAAACAGCAUCAUGGAGCAGGCCUGUCAGACAAAUAUGUAUGAGGAGUUAGACGGGUCUUUAGACAGGGAUGUACCACAUAUUCCUGGCAAAUUUGUAUCUGUAGUUUACCACAAAGUGAGUUACCAGAGUGGAGCUGGUGCUGGCUAUCUUGACAUUGACGACAACACUGGCAUCUGCAAACUGGUUUCGGCGGAAGAUCUGCCCAAUCAAGACGUUAAGGUUACAGACUACCUACUCGUGUCUUUAGUGGCUCUAUUCGUCUUUCUUCCCUACGGACUUCUGGCAGUCCACAACAGUCUUCGGGUCCACAAAGCAGAGGACCAGAAAAACGGAAAGGAUGCUAAAGAAUCGUCAGACUGGGCUCUGCAGUUUACGUUGUUGGCGUUUCUGCUGGGGCCUCUGAUUUUCAUGGCAUUAUUCGUCUUAAUUUUCAUUCCAAUGCAUCAUGUCUGACCUAACAAGGUGCAUUAAUACGUAUUGGUUCGUUUUGCAGUAUGCUACUUUGAACUGUAACUACAAGAUAAGACAAUCCUUGUGUGAAAGUGUAUGCAUACACAUUUUAAUCUCUGGGAAGACGCGCACUCAUAGGCGUGUGACAAAAGUGAUAAUUAUACUUCAAUAAAGA